CUAUGGUGAUGAAAGGCAGAACAGAUUUCACAGCCGGGGUAAAAUACGCCGGAAAUAAUACACAAGGCUGUACGAAACCGAGAGACAGCGACUCUGGCGGAAAGGGUUAGACACUCACCUCUCACGCUGAUGAAAGAUUAUUAAGACAAAAUGAUGAGAAAGAGCUGGAUCUUGUUGGUUGUUGCGGGUUUCGCAUCAGCUCUUGGUCCACCACCACAUCGAACAGAGGAAGGUUCGCUUCGGAGUGCUUUGAAUGCGGUUACCAGAAAACAACGAUCUCUAGAAUCCAGCCCUGAUGAAUAUUACAACGAUCUUCAUUCCCUGAAAUUCUACGGGAAUCGAGACCGCGAACGCGACGACGACUUAGAAUUUUUACCAUUUGAAAAUGGUCAGCUGGAGACAAUCGGAGAAGGUGUUCAAAAAACUCUGCCAAAUGCUCAUUGGGCAGAUGAAAAACCUAAAGAUAAUCUUAAUACUAAACUGUUCGACAAGAUGUUGCUGGACUACUUGGGAAGUGAAGCUGGCCAGGGAGAACCGGUACCAUCCGCGUUUAGGGAACGAGAUCGAAGCGGAAGUCAGAAAAGGGGAGGAAACAAUGCUCGGCCAAGUAUCGACGACAAACAAUUAGCAAAGUUGUUUUUAGAAGAAUUGCAGGAUGAGCCAUCCGCGGAUUCAGCAGAAGUUGAUGACGAAGUGGACUUGAACAUCUUCCGAGAUUGGUACAACGAUAAGCACAACGUUGAACCUGAAAGUAAAGCUGAUGGGUACAACUUCCUAAAUACACCAAUGUCUUGGGGCGGAACUUUCAGCAAGCAAAAUGUCAAGGAUCAGGAUCGAAACCUUGUGUACGUGCUACCUGCGGAGCGCAGAAAUGUUAAUGGCAGGUAUCCAUUGGGACGAGAAUACAAGGAAUACAUAGAGUUAAGAAAACGUUAUCCGGUUGCUAAGAGAAGCCCGAAACCAAUGCCGCAGAAAAGACAAGUAACAGAUCCAAAGGUGGCACAGGAUCUGGGGAAUUUAUUUGGUGAAAAAUCGAAACGCCAUCACGAUCAUACACAUGAACAUGACCACGACCAUUCCCACUCUCAUGACCACGAUCACAAACACGAACAAACAUCGGAGGCUCCCAACACCACGACUCACUCGAAGGUUCAAGACAAGAAAGUAACCGAGCAAGAUAAGCCGAGAGAGCAUCCAAUUGAAAUCAAGAAGAAGAGCGUUGAUUGGUCCCAGUAUUUUGGAAUCGAUCGGAGGAAGAAGAAGGCAAAUUUAUUAGCCCGACCUGGUACACAGGACCAAGAUGACGAAUGGCUACUGCAACAAUAUUACAAGACAAUGGCUGAAAAUUUGAAACCAUCAGAACGCGUUGCCAACAGAGAUAGCAGUGAAAAAAGAAACAUGCUGCAACAAAUAGAUUCGAGACUGAAGAGUCUUGAGGAUCUGAUAAUCGAAGAACCGUUACGAUACACAGGCUCUAGAGAUGCCAUCGAUAUUCAAAAGGUCAAAGAUAAUAUCAUGGCUCGGGCAGCGGCGUCUUAUUCUUUGGAAAAAAUGAGACGGACGCUGAGUGAAUUUCAAAAUAAUAUAACCGGACAAAGACAAACUCAAAAAGUAACUUCUCCACAGAACAAUCUUACCACCGGGCUGCCCGACAAUACGAACGACGACAAACGAGGCGGUAACAGCGAAGCAAAUGACGAAGGUACCGACGAUGACGGAAGUUGUCCUGAAAUCGAAAUUGUCGAGAGAAGAUGCAAGGCAGUUGAUAUGUGGGUGGGAAAUAGGGCGCAAAUUUUCUAUCCACUUUGUAUCAUGCAUCAAAUCUGCCGCGCCUGUGUUCAAGAGGAAAAGGACGAUCGAUCGUGCGAUAAACUAUUUUCUUCGGCGUCUAGGGCGUGCGAAGGUCACGUAGGCUGUAUCAGGGCAGCACAUGUUGCCCGCACCACAUUAUCGCAGCUGCAACCACUUGUUGGGACACCCGGUUUGUGUCUUUGCGAAUUACAGGCUCAGAUGAGAAAGUAAUCACUGAGCGAUAAUAACCACGGCGAGGCUUUCCUAUGAUUUGAAACGACUUUCGUAUGAUGUUCGAUUUAAAAUAACCGUUAAAAGACAUUCCAUAUGAAGAUAAAGAUUCGACACGCUAAUUCCAGCAUUGUACAAAUUUGACACUGCAACAAUGAAAAAUAAGGAAAAUAGUAGGGGUGAGCGGGACACAGAUAAGCAUUCCUAGUACAUGCAGCUAGCGCCAUUUCUAAUUUUUUGGCACAUUAGGUAGAACUGCAAUUCUCAUACCGAGGUGAAAGUUGGCGGACUGAGUAAUCGACUGCGCAUGCGCAAAAUAAUGGGUCUCCAUUCGUCGGCGGGAUCGUGCCGCGUCAAUAUUUUCGUCUGUAAAGCAGGGCAGCCAACUUACUCUGUAGCGUAACUCGGUUUAUAACAAAAGUUUGCCAAAUCAGAAGGUCUGCAACUAUUCGAGAUCAGCCUAACGUAAAAAAAGAAUUGCAUCGAAAUAAGCUCUGUAAGCUGUGUUUGACGAAUGAAAUUUAGGCGACCUGCCUGCAUGAAAAUCAGGAAAAGCUUAGUUUCGCCGUUUCUAUUUUUCGACAAAUAAUUCAAUUAAUUGAAUUAAUCUAGAUGCGAAAUCGAGUAUAUAAUUGAAAUAAACAUUUUUAGCGUCAACGAUAGACUCCCUGAUGUUGUGUUUGACCAAGGGACAAAAAUUUUCUGACGAUAUUACGAUAGAUUUUGUGAAGCUAAGCUUUCUCAACGUGUCUUCUGAGCCCCUAGACUCUCCCCUUCAUAUAUAAAUAUAAUUCAAUGUACAUGGUAUGUACGUCACUAUAUUCAAAAUUAUACAAUGUUUUAUGGCAGUGUGAAAAUUUGAAGAAUUUGUUGUUAUUUGUUACAUGAUAUAUAUUAUACAUAUAUGUAUACAUAAUACAUAUAUUAUAUAUAAAUGAAUAAUGGUCUGGUAUGACUGAAAAUUUUAAUCAGUUCUAUCAAGAUACACAUUACAUAUUUAUUAUAGAUAUAUUUAUAUGAUGAGUGAAAAUGGUUUAUCCUUCUAUAAAUAUUAAUUGCCCUACGGUUUUUCUUAUAAAGUACGAUUUUUCCGAAGCACCUUGUGCGUAAUAUAAUGAUUUAUAAAUAGCUAUUACCAACUAUUGAAAUGUUUAUUGACUAUUUCAUAGUGAAACUAGCAAAUGUAAUAAUCUUACAUUCUACUGUUACAUCGAAAAAUUGAUAGGAUUAUUUUUCAGCUCGAAAGCCAAAUAAUUCUUACGUGUAAUUUAAAAACUGUAAAAAUCAGUCUUAUAAUUUUCUUCUCUCGUUAUGAACAUGAAACGUACUAAAAUUCGAUGUGAUGGCCUAUAUUGUAGUUCGAAUGAGCUUGUCCUGAUGUUAUAUGGUUAAGGAAUUCAUUAAAGAAUUGGCGGAAGGUAUGUUAAAAAUAGGAAUGGCAGAAUGGAGCAUGAUCUAUCUAUUUGCGAGACAUGAACUGGAAAUGUACUUGAUUUUUAUACUGUUGCGUAGAUCCAUUUUUGAAUGAACAUUGGUUAAAUAUGACAAAUAUUUUCGAUCAAUCAAGACAAUAAUAAUUGAACAUUUUUUAAACUUGUAUGUAGCACUUUAGGCGUAUAUAUGUAUAAUUAAUAUACGUGUACAAACGUUUCAUAUAGAAGUCCAAUUAACAAGAAGACGAGUUUGAAUUGUGGAUAAUGUUAAAUUUUAUUUUAGCUCUAGCCGUAUUUACUUCACCUUAUUUAAAACUCAAACUGGGCUUCCUGUGAUGAUUAUGAUAAGAGCGUCAAAGAUGACGAUGAUGAUAGUAGUGAUUAUUUAUUAUCUUCUUCGCAUAUUAUGAAAAUAUUAACAUACCAAAGUACUUUGAUGCUUCGCAAAUAGAUGAAUUCAUUCGUUUUCUAUUGCCGAACACGGAUGACACGCGACACCUUAAUCGUCGCUUACAGAAACGUCCACUUACGAUUCAAAAAUACAUCUAUCUUGUGAAAAUUCAGUGGUGCAUACGUACAUACUUAUAGGGAAAUACGUAUGAAAUCGAUCGAUUUUUUCUCUCGCUUCAUCGAGAGUACCUACGAUAGUAAGACCUACUUAAAUUAUUAAAAAAUCUUCACUCGUUGCUGUUAUAAUGCUGUAGCAUUUUGAAAUUUUUAUUGAAAAAUUAUUUACAAUGAUUAAGGGAUUAAAAAAUUUGAAAACAUUUAAAAUGGAAUUCCUGUACCGUUCUACGCCUAAUUUAAGAAUUUCCAAAAUUGUAACACGAUUGAAGAAGGCGAGAAAAAACGUGUAUUGUUUUCAUUUGGCUUUCCUGUAUAUGUAUCAGAGAAAAUACUCGUAUAUUCAUAAAUAUAAUAUACUAAAUGUUGUUGAGGCACGUAUUAAAAAUGAACAAAACCGAUAUCUUAUAUAUUAUUAGAUAAUAUACGUACUUGUACAAUUAUUGAAAUGAUAUUCAUGACCAGAAAUUGAACAAGGAAAAUGUUGUGUCCUACGAACCAAGAGCAGCGAAAUUUUUUGACAUUCUUAUAAACGUAUUUUCUCUGCUGCUGCAUAGAAAACCGUCAAGAAUUAAAUGCACGUGGUAUUGUGUAUAGUAUGGAAUUAUUUCCCUAUAGAUGAAGUACAGCCAUCAAGAAUAAUGGACUCAGUUCUUGACACGCAAUAGCUACCAAAGGACAUGAUGAUGGAUUUCAACAAGCACCUUUGCAUAAUAUUGCGUUUUGUUGAUUUGAUAGAUUCAAUAUUCUAUUCAUGUUAUAAAAUAUACUCACGUAACAUGUGUAUCAAGCCUCCAUGUAUGAAUAUAAUAAAUAUAUUUAAACAUA